AUGCUGCCAUCGUUCUAUGGACAUCAUAAUAAAGAGCCCUAUAAGCACCUGGAUGAGUUUUUGGAAAUUUGCUCUACAGUAAAAAUCCAAGACCUCUCAGAGAAUGCCUUAAAACUGUUGCUAUUUCCAUUUUCCCUCAAGGAUAAAGCCAAGCAUUGGCUGCACUCCUUGGAUUCAGCACAAGUAACCACAUGGGCAGAAAUGCAACAGCAGUUUUUGAAGAAGUUUUUCCCAAUAGGCUGGACCAAUACCAUUAGAAGGGCCGUCACCACCUUCUCCCAGAAUAGUGGUGAAGAAUUUCAUGAGUAUUGGGAAAGACUGAAGGAACUACUUCAGAAAUGCCCCCACCAUGCUAUACCAAAAUGGCAAUUGGUACAGUGCUUCUAUGAUGGUCUUAGGGACCAGUAUCAUCAGAUAGUGGAUGCCUCUUAUGGAGGAACGUUUAUGCACAAGAGCGAGACUGAAGCACGGGAUCUUUUUGAGACCCUGAGUGAAAACUCCCAACAUAGAGCUUCAGCUUCAAGGACUGAAGUCCCCACGCUUGGGCAACCGAAAAAAGGUGGACUCUAUGAGAUCAACCAGAGUGGUGACAUAAAGGCGCAGGUUGACUUGCUGUCAAAAAAAAUGGACUACCUGCUGUCAGGAGGACCUACCCAACCCCCAUCAAUCUCAAGGGGAUUUUCUCCUCCUGAGCAAGCUGAAGCUUGUGCCCUCUGUGCUGACCCGAAUCACUAUGUGACCAAUUGUUAUUUAGCAGCACAAUAUCCUGAAUUUAUACAGGAAAAGGAAAAUACUGAGAAGGAGAAUGAGCAACCAGUUGGGGAGGGACCUCAACCGGAUAAGUAUACACCCCGAGUCCCUUUCCCUGAUGCUCUCAAAACUCCAUCCUCUCCCCCAUUUGGGAAGCAAGGAGAGGAGAUGAAGGAGAUGUUGGAUUUAUUUCAACAAGUCCACAUCAACCUUCCAUUAUUGGAUGCAAUCAAGCAGGUUCCAGCUUACGCUAAGUUUCUGAAAGACUUAUGCACUCAGAAGCGUAAGCUGAGGAACCAAACUCCCAAAACCAUACACCUCAUAGAACAGGUAAGUGCAGUUAUCACUGACCUACCCCCCAAGCUGAAGGAUCCUGGUAUAGCACUCAUCUCUUGUGUCAUUGGAGACCUCUCCAUUGAUAAAGCAUUGCUGGAUCAGGGGGCUAGUGUGAAUAUCUUACCUGGUUCUAUUUUUGAGAAGUUUGGAUUAGGAGAGUUGAAGUCCAUUAAAGUCAUACUUCAGUUAGCUGAUCGUUCUAUGAAAAGACCUCAUGGACUUCUAGAGGAUGUUCUUGUGAAGGUAGAUGAUUUAUACUUCCUAGUGGACUUCCUAGUCCUUGAUAUGGAAUCUACCUCAGCUAAGCUCCCCCCUGUCAUACUAGGGCAUCCAUUCUUGGCGACCGCCAAUGCUUGCAUUAACUACAAGUCAAGUGCCAUGGACAUAUCGUUUGGGAACAAGAAGCUUCGACUAAACAUCUUCAAUGCAUCCCUAGGACCCUACAGAGAAGAUGAGUGCUUUGCUCUGGACAUGAUUGAUGAAGUUGUAUCUCAGUACACUUCCCAGAUCCUUACUAAUGAUCCUCUACAGCUUAUGAUGUCCUUUGGGGCAGAAGACUUUGAUGAAGAGGCCUAUACUGAAGAGGUGAACGCCAUGUUAGAUCUUAAACCCUCUUCCGGGAAGCCCUCUUCUCUGGAGUCCCCUCCACAACUGGAACUCAAGCCUCUUCCUCAUACCUUAAAAUAUGCAUUUUUAGAUAAGGAAGAGACUUUGCCGGUUAUCAUAUCCUCUGAGCUUACUGAAAGGCAAGAGUCCCUCCUGUUGGAGGUUUUAUCAACUCACAAAGCCGUAAUUGGCUAG